AUCACUAAUCCUGCGGAAAUUUAGUGGAAAGGCAUUUAUAUAGAUAUGUUACUCUGGGAAGCACUUGAGAUCCCAAGAGAGACCACCUGCGGCUUUCCUUGAUUUCGUUGAGUCCAGUUUGUUUCCCUUCUGAAUACCUUGCAAGAAAAUGAAGACGGAGGGGGAGAUUAUUUCACGAGAACACAUCAAGCCCUCUUCACCAACACCUCUUGAACAAAGAACCUACAAGCUAUCUUUACUUGAUCAGAUCGUUCCACCCAUCUAUGUUCCUCUUGUGUUAUACUAUCCUAAUCUGGAAAACACACCGAAGGACCCUGAUUUCAUUUCUCAAACGACACAAAUCCUCAGACAGUCCCUUUCGGCAACUCUAACCCGAUUUUAUCCCUUGGCCGGGAGAAUCAAAGAUAAGUUGUCCAUCGACUGCAAUGACGAAGGGGUCCCUUUUGUCGUCACCAAAUUCAACACUCGUCUGUCGGAUUUCCUGAAAAACCCCGACUCUCAGGUCUGUCGGGGUCACAUUCCGAGCCCGCUCACUUGGGCGGAACCAGGGCCUGGAUCCAACGUCGCCCUCAUCCAGGUUAACUUCUUCGAUUGUGGCGGCAUAGCUGUUGGUUCACUGUUCUUGCAUAAAGUAGCAGAUGGAGUAACAAUCGGCACGUUCAUGAAAGCAUGGGCCGCCGCUGCCCGGGGUUCUGUCGAAACAGUGUCGCCUGAUUACGCGGCUCAAUCUUUCUUCCCGCAGAACGAAACUAUGAAAAGGGAAUCUCAUUUGUUCUCUGCUAUGAGACAGUAUUUCAAGUUCGGGAAGACUGUCAUGAGACGCUAUGUUUUCGAUGCAUUGGCAAUAUCAGCACUCAGAGCGAAACUGUCGUCAACAGAAGGCCUGAAACAGCGUCCCUCGAAAGUCGAAGUAGUAUCGGCACUGCUCUGGAAAUGCUUCAUCAUUGCAUCAAACAAAUCCAGUAACAAUCACCCGACAACAUCUUUGGUGACUCACGGAGUGAACAUGAGAAGAAAAGCUGAACCCCCUUUCCCCGAACACAGCUUCGGCAACUUCGUCUGGCUCGUGCCCGCAUCAAGCACGAACGAUCAUACAGAUGCCGACCUGGAAAACUUGUUCAGCAAAGUGAGAAACACGAUAAGCACAGUCGACGUCGAAUUUGUAAAAAGAAUGCAGGGAGAAUCAGGGUUUCUGGGUUACUGCAAGAAUCUUGAGGAGUCCUGGAAAGGAUUCCCUGAGAACGCUGAUUACCUGGCAAUCUCGAGCUGGUGCAAUUUCGGUCUUUACAGCAUUGAUUUCGGGUUGGGGAGGCCGAUUUGGAUAAGUAAAUGCGAUGCGGGGAGUGAAGUAGAUUGGCCAUUCAUCAAUGUGCUUUGGUUGAUGGACACGAGACAGGGCGGCGGAAUUGAAGCAUGGCUCACCCUGGAUGAACAUUACAUCGAGGCGUUCGACAAAAUUCAGGAGCUUCGCGAUCUUGCUUCCGUUGAUCCUAGUCCAUUGGACACAUAUUCCGCAGCACCAGUUGUUCCGAAGUGAUCAACAGAGUUGGUUUCUUGAUGAAUUAACGUUGUUAAAAUAUUGAAAUAGUCUUGGAAUAAUACUACUACUACUAUUACCUCCAUGUCCGAUUAGAGCAGGCUUGUUUCCAUUUCAGACAUCAAUCGUUCUACUUUGUGUUAAUCAAGUUUAUAUAAUUUUACCAGUCAUUACUUUCA